AUGGAGGAAACAGCGGAAGAGUUGCUUAGUGACCGGGUGGUAUUGCCACCAGCUACAAAGCCUUCGGAGCCAGAGACGGAUUAUGACGAGGCCAUGGCUAGAGUAGGCGGAGAAGCAACGUCGUCACUGAAAAGUGAUUACCACAAUUUAUCCCCCUCCCGCCCUUCUACUGUCACCAGUUUUAGGUUAAUUGCCCAGCUUCGCAGUAACAGCAUCCAGAGAUUUAGAAAGCAGAUGCAGCGGGUUUGGAAGAGGACCCCUGGCAGUUCUCGGGAGCAAGAGAUGAAAACGAGCGUGAAUUUGGAGGCAAUGGCAAAUCAGAAGAGACAAUGGUAUCAAAUCCAUUCCCAAUCACAGGUAAACAGAGGUUUUUUACCUUAUUUAUGCAUUCAUGUCGGAAAAAGGUCACCAACCAAUCGUACUUUGGCGCGUGCCACCUCUUAUUUGGCCACACAGUGCAUAGAGCUCAUUGGUUUUGUCGCCAUGGGGAUGACGUGUGUUCUGCUUACAGAGUAAAGACGCGGAACAAAACGUUACGGAUCAAUAGGUGGGGUAAAUGGUUCAGUUGGUGAUUUAUGCUCUGAAACCAGCGUCUGGAAAUAUAGUAGGACCGAGUUAACAAUUUGAUAUUGGAAAAUGCAUACUUAGUGCCAUCUAUAACUCUCAAUGUGAAUAAAUACUUUUUUUAUAACCAAGGAUGAGAUGAGGAUUGGAGAUGCCCCUGGAUUGAUAGUUAAUUGAAUAGACGGUGUCAGUAUCACCUGUCUGUAGCGAUCAUUUUUGGAAAAAAUGGGUCACUCUCUAUAAAUAUUUAAUGAUAUUUGUAGUUGGCUUCUGAACUUUCUGUGAAAUGAGACAGAUUACCACGUGUUAGUUUGUAAGUUGUUCUCAUUGAGUCAUUUUUCAAAUCAGACAGCACCACUUUGCAAGAGUAGUUAGGUUUGAUCUCUUUGAAAGUGGAUGAUGGUACCUACCCCUCCCCAAAUGGCAACAUCCUACCCCAAGUCUAAACUCAUCUACGAAUUCUGGAUUCCCAGAGUAAUAGAAUCACAAUCUUCUUUAUAAUGAAGCAAUCUCACUAACUCUCGCACUCUGUCAGAAAGAAAAAAAAAACAAAACAGAAAACCCUAUCAACUGAAAAACUAGCUGUAAAUAAAUGAUCCUUCUGCUCAUUCCAGCAGGUCAAAAGUGUUGCAUAGAGGAUGUGCAAUCCAUACACUUCAACCUUUGAGUAAAAAGCUACGGUUCUACCCUCUCUGUGUCUCCAUCAUAGCAAGAAUGUUAAAACUAAUCCCUCGUGUAGUCAAGAGUCUCUGGCCUAUCUAGUGUGAGAAGGAAGACCCACCCUAGAAGCUAAUAAUUCUUGUCUUUCUCCUUCUCCCUAGAAAGGCCAUUGGAAGGUAUCACGAAUGACAAGUAGUUGAUCAAAUAGAAAGAUAUCCUUAUGAAAAUUUCACUGAAGAAUAUGUCAGGGGUUAAUAACCUUGAGUGAUUCAUACAUAUUAUUUCUAGGAAAAUGAUGAUGUAACCCCCAUCAUCCAACUACAACUCUUAGGGGAAGCUCUCUCCACUGACCACUGAAAUAUACUUAUUUCCUUAAAACUUUUGUUGACUUGUCUCCAGAAUUUUAGUAGUAGAGUUGUAAAAAGAUUUGUACUCAAGAACACGGUCAGGACUGCAAGCCUGGGGCAACCUACCAAGUUCUAGCACUACUCUUCUUUUAAUACAACCCCAAAGAGUUGCAAUAAGUCUGGUCUCUUCCAAGUGAUCUAUAACGUUGGCUUGACCCAAUGUGAGUAAUGGGCGAACUCGAACCGUCUCCGUUUAAGUACCAUGCGAGGUCUUCUACUCUAUAAGGGGUGAGGUUUUGUUUUGCUGUGUUUUAUUGUGUUGCACUGCUGAAACUCUCCAGGGCACUCUCUGUUUAACUUUGUCGUCUCAAACCAACAAGAACAAGACUAGAACUUUUAACUGUCUUUUACAUCGAAACUAUCAGUGUAUAUAAUUUUUAUACUUUUUGAGCCACCAUUGGGUGCUCAGCAUUAAUGCGUGGGUGGGAUAGUUUUUGUUUAAAAUUGGUCUGGUUGAGGUUUGCGUGUGGUUGAGCAGUUGACUUCCUUUUUUAUUUGACGUGAGUUAUAAUCCACCACCAGUUGGAGCCACCCAGCCUCAAGUACAGUACAAAGGACGUUAACAGUCCGUAUUCUUACCAAGUUAUAUUUAACUGGAGUUAAGGUCCAUAUUGAGCAAGAAGAUGGUACCAAUUCAGCUCAUCAUUUUUUGGUGUUACAGAGUUCUGUGACACAAGAUCUUUUGGAUGAAGAAUGGUCUUUGGCUACCAUAAUUCUAUUUCACAUUUGUGAAUUGGUGAAUUGAAAUUCCUGAUGAAUUAUUUUCAGGUUAUUUUUAGAGAACCAAAAAGAAUGGCCCAAGACUAACCUAAUGGUUCUCCAAUGAAUGUGAUUCUCCAAGACAAAAAAACGGGAAACGAUUAGUUCAAAACAAACCCUUAUACGUAUGCCUCAGUCUUACCUCAUUUAUUUAAUUUCACCAAUGUUCGCUGUUUGCAGUUGUAUCGCAUGUUGUACUUUUGCACGCUUCUUUCAGAAUGAUAUUCAGAAUAAUUCAUUUUCGUGUUUCCUAAUUUUUGUCCUACUGUUACUGGCUUUUCAUUUUUCAAGUAUGUUUACAUUAUACAGGGGUAUAAACGACAAAAGGAACCCAUAUCAUUGUUUGAACACUUCUUUAUUGUCGGUCUUCAUUCAUGUUCAAAUCUGGAAGCCAUUGAAGAUACUUUUGCUAAAAGAAAGACAUGGGAGGCAGAGAUGGAAAAAUCAGAAAUCUUUGAUCUGAGGAAGCUUCCGUACCAUAGGCGUCCACCUCUUCUUGAACCUCAGGUCUGCUUGGUUGAUAAACUAGAUGAUAAUUGGUUCGGUUUUCUUUAUUAUUUCGCGCUCAUGCCUCCACGAAAAGUUUUGAAAACUAUCUCUUGGUCACGAGUUAAGUAAAAAAACAUAUUUUAGACUGCAUUUUUGUAAGUUGAAUAGUUUUAUUUUUUUUUCAUCGGGAUGACAAUAAGGGCCCAAUUAUGCUCAAAUAUUUGUGCUUCCGUUUUUCCUUCACUGAUGUGAAAUUUCUCAGGCCGUAAGUUCUUCAUACAUUGAUUGCUUUUUGUCCACAAAAGUAUUAUUGCUUCUUUUACUUCCAGUAUUUUUUUAAUUAUUUCCAUACGUGGCAACAAAUUACACAUGGUUCACCUAACUGUUCGCCUAUUUGGUUUUUGCGAUAAUUAUUUCUAUGCAAAUUUUCCUAUGUCAAGCCCAAAAUACUAAUACGCGUGGUUUUUCAUCAUCUUAGGUUCUAUUCAAGUACCCCCCUGGAAGGAUGUCAACAAGGAUGGAGAAAGAUUUAGCUGCUUUCUGUUUUCCUGGUGGCGUUGAGGUUAAAUAUUUGGACCUUUGCCUUAGUCUUUUUUUAUACAGUAUCUUAAAACAGUGCUUCCUGCAAGUUCCAGUCAACACUUGAGUUUUCUAUUGAGUUGUAUUUGCUGCCAGAAAAAGCUGAGGCUUCCUCUGCUUCUUUGUGGUGCAUCACUUUGACUAUUUGUUUGAUGAUGCGUGCUCAUGAACCUUUCUCUCGUAAUAAUGUAGGCUCGUCUGAUGGAAAGGACACCCUCAAUGAAUGAUCUGAAUGAAGUCGUAUUUGGUCAAGUAUGUGAAACUUAAUCGUAAAUUUUUUUGCUUCCAGUUUAAGAUAGUAACUCAUUUAUGCUGUUGUUAUAGUAACAUCUAAUACGGCUUAGUCAUAAUUCCAAACCAAGUUGCGGUUUAAGUCUUAGGUCAGCAGGAUAUUGUUAUUUCCUAAGCCAUACCAUACCAUUUAACCGUUAUUUUCGAGAUUCCUCUAAUGGUUGUUGGGAUUCCUGGGUUGUAGUUUGUGGUGACUGAUGCAAGAUCUUGUGAAUACUUGAUUUAUUUUUGAAACUUAUCUUCAGCGCUUAAAAUGACCUUGGAAGACAAUUUAUAUGAAGAAUUUUUCUGACAUAUUUAUGCUUCUAUUCUAUGUAGGAACAUCUAGCCAGAGAUGAUUCUUCAUUCAUCUUUUGUUUAAAGGUUUGUCAUUUAUUAUUAUUUUUUAAAAAUAUUAUAUAUAUAUAUAUAUUAUGAGUUUUUUUUAAUGAUUGCGUAAGUUGGAAUUUUGUUUAAAAUUUAGCAUGAGCUUAAUUUGCACAAAUGCACUCAUGUCUGAUCUAUUUUGCUGGGGGUGUGCUAACCUCUUGGGUGGGUGCACCUAGUUUUUGGCACAUUGGCUCUUCAGUCCACAUCUGUAUUUUUCUUGGUUCUACUUAUGUUUUUGCUGUAGAAAUUUAAAAGACCAUGUUGUUUUCUUUUGGAAAGGUGGUCUCUGUUUUCAGUGUACUCCCAAAGAUCUGUACAACGAUUGUAGACUGCACCAAGGUAAUGUUGGCUAUGCUAGUUGUUAAAAGCACCGAAAAUGACAAAACACUGCCCUCCAUCUUUGUUGUCAUUGUUAGAAGAAAAGACUUCUGUUGAGGUUAAUGAAUAUUUUCUGCUGCCAAUUUGUAUGGUGUGUAUCAUUUUGAUUGUGUCAUGAUAUCACACACCAUAUGUAUACCAUAUCUUUUCAAAUAAUCUCUUGGCCUUCGCUGGAUUACAUCCUGGCUAUUUUUGCGGCAUUUGAGUAUCUACAAGCCGUUUCAGUACCUGCUAACCAUUAGUAUUUUAGUCCUGUAUUGAUAAGCAACUCCGAUCUCGGUUCAGAUUUUUUUUAAAACCAGAGGUUCCUUUUUUAGAAACUUUGGUUCAAUAAAAUUUCUUUGAGUGAAUUGAAGCUAAAAGAUCAUUUUAAGCAAAAAGAUGUAACAUGUUGAUGAAAUUUCUUUGUUUAUACACGUCGUAUGAUGAAAUUGGCAAUGCACCAAAGUUUGUCAGUGAACUUUAAUUGUUGAGGGGCCAAUGGGAUACAGCCAGCGGACUUGGCCGCAUGGAUAAAUCUACUCAAUAUUGUUAUAUUUUUGAGUUGGAAUGAUUAUGAAAGCAAAUUCACCGAGGAAUUUGCAGUUAUUUAGGGGCUUGUUCAUCACUAGACAUGUUCGUUUUGAUGGUAUUCGAAGAGGUCAACGAUUCUUUGAAAUUACUGCACGUUGGUGUAAAAUUGGAUGCAAGUAUUUUUUGUGGGGUUCCCUUUGGUUGAAAUUUUCAGUUGUGCUGGAAACAAUGGGUUCACAUAUUGCAUGGUUUGCAUAGUUUCAGUGAAUUAUGAUACCUUUAAAAAUAAAUAUUUUUCAACAUAAUCAUACUUAUCUUUUUAGAUAGUCAGGCGAAGAUAUUGAGAUGCCAUGCAUACUUUAUCCAAAUUUCAAUUUUAUUUCAAGUUCCUCUUUUCGCAAGCAAGCUGCACGGGUGCAGUGCUCUUAUAUGAUAUCCAAUUUCCCUCUUUCCUGCAAUGUGAUGUUCAAAUUUUUUCAGGCAUCAGAUAAUACAACACUGUAUGGUGUUUGCUUACAUGUAAAAGAAAUAGUACAGAGGGCGCCUGGUAUUUUAGGUGCUAUCUUGCCUCUUUCCCAGACCAGCAGCAAAUCCGGUCGCUUCUUGGUUUCUGCUCCACGUUGUUAUUGCUUGCUUACGAGAGUUCCUUUUUUUGAGCUGCAUUAUGAGAUGUUGAACAGGUUCAUCCCAGAUAUCUUAAUUUUUUAUAAUAUUUUAUCUGUUGGAAUUCUGCAUUUUUUAACAAAUGACAUUUGUCUAAGCAUUCCUAGCAUCGAGAUGAUUUAUUUUUUUUCAUACACAGUGUAAUAUCACAGGAACGGUUGGAGAGGAUAACGCAGUUCGUUAGUGACAUGUCUCUCACAGAUUAUGUCCCACGAGGAGUUAAUGAUCAUGACCAAGUCGUUGAGGGUGUGAAUACCCAAAGCAUGGGAUACUCCACCAAUUGGAUGGAUUCUGCAAUACCAGUUGCUGCAGUUUUAGGCCUCACUACCCCUUCAUCAAGGAAAAUAUCAGACAAAGAUAUUUCUUCAUUUUCAUUCAGGAUAAAUGAACCUGAAUCACCUGAAAGUGGUGUCACUAGUGAAGCUUCGGAUUUUGCUUACAUGAAAGAGCUAGAUAAGGAUGGGCCAAGAAGUCCGCUCUAUAUUGAUGAUUUUGCAUCUGAGAGCUCAGAGUCACGCUGCGAUAGUUUUGAGAGAGCAAAUGGAAUCUUUGAAAAUGGUCAAAUUUCGCCAACGAUUUAUUGUUCCAGUCACAAGUUGGAGCGCAUUGAAAGCUUGGAGUCUAUUUAUAGGUGAGAGGGUUAUUUUUUACAUGAAAAAGUCAGUGUCUUUCCAGGCAACUUGAAUCAUUUAUAUCUUAAUCCAGAAAUUUCUAUUUCUUCAUUAAUUCUUUGCCAGAAUCUGUGAUACCGCGUUCUUUAAUCUAGUGCACUCAACUGUGUUGCUUUGCAAUGACAAAAAUGCAUUGACUUUGGACAGUUCAGUUAGGAGUAUGCGAUCAGAUUGUGAAGAUGACGAAGUAAUUUCCAAGUGUGAGAAUGUUAUUAGUGAUAAAAAAGUAAUGGAAUGGGCCAAGGUAUAUAUAUAUAUAUGUAUAUAUCUUUUAUGGAAUUAUACACCCGGACAUCGAUUUAGGGGGUUUAUUGUCAUGCUAGUUUCUGAAUAUCUGAUGUGUCACAGGAAAACAAUAAUGAAGCAUUGCAAAUUGUUUGCCGUUAUCAUUCUCUUCCUGUUCCUUUGAGGGGGAGUGAGAUAAUUUUUCAUCCUUUGGAACAUCUGCAACCAUUCAGAUACAACCGACCUGGAGUUUCUGCUCUGGGCUUGAGUGGGACGUACUCUGAUGUUGAGCUUUCUUAUCCAUCAGAGGUUGAUGAAGUAAGAAAUAUGAUUUGACCGUUUGGUUAUAAUGGCCACUAUUCUUCUGUUAUUUUUUUCAUUAACAGAGUAUCUGAUAUGCUCACUUAUUUCUCAGGUCAAUGCAAGAUUGGGAGCUGCCGAGGAAGCUCUUGCAUUAUCCAUAUGGACGACAGCAACAAUUUGCCGUGCUUUAUCUCUUGAGAGUGUAAGCUUUCUUUCUUACGGAAGGUUGAACAUUUAGGAUUGAAGUUUCAUUGUUUUUCAUGUUCGUAUACUCUUUUAGUGACCUGCUAUUCCUAGAUAACUUUAUAUAUUUUACUAUUUUACUUCGAAAAAUUAGUAGAAAAAUUAAAUGGGUUCUUGCAUCUUUGGAAGGAACAAAUGGACUAGGUAACAGAAUGGUUCCACUAAUUCUGGCAUAUCAUCUGCAUCAUUUUUGGCUUCGUUCGAGAGUCACAAUUCAUAUCUUUAUGAGCACUGAUAAAGCUAGCAUUGUUAGUUCCUCCAACAGAGGAUCACUUGAAAAAUUAAGUGAAACUGAAUAAAUUGGAAAAUUCAAUGUGCUUGCAAAGAGGUUAUUCUUGCUAAAGAGCACCUGAUAUUGUAGUGCAGUCUCCAGACAUUUGGGAGCUGACCCAGAGAAAUUUGAAUGAACAAGACAGUGCUGUAAGUGGUAACAGACAGCGUGUCCUAUUAUUAUAGGACACGUGUGAACAUAUAUAUGUUUUCAGGUUUUCAGAUUUUUUGCCUCCAAAGCAGAUCUACAUUAGCUUCAGUAGCAUAUGUUAAUUAAAAUUGAUUAAGCAUUAGAUCUAUAAUUAAAAAAUUAUGGCCUUUGCAUUAGAUCUAUGCACAAAAAAUUAUGGCCUUUGGAUCAACUUGACUUUCCUACUAAUAAAUAAGUAAUGAUUCUUUCUACGUUGUUCAUUGAAAGUUGGACUAAAGACUUGAUAAAGUGCCUAGAUAUAUUCUUUGGUGGAUACUGAAAUAAAGGUGUUACCGGUGGUUAUAAAUCAUCAGACAAAUGGUUUGCAUAAAUAAUAAAUAAUCAGCGUUUUAAAUUCAUACGUUUUUUUUUCUCAUGUUGUGGGUAGCUUCACUGAUCAUAACCCAAAGGAAAUACCUGGGGUUAUGUUGUUUACUACGGACAUGACUAAGGACAAAUUGAAAUAUAAGCUAUUUUGUUGGUUCGUUUCCUAGUUUGUCGAUUUCCUACUAGUUAGGUAGUUUCCUUGUUUUGCAGCCAUUGUUUUCACCUUUACUUCAUAGACUUGGGCUGCAUCUCUGGCUUUAGAAUACGUCUGUUGGAUUGCAUCCCAGAUAUCCUUGGUUGUAGCCAAGAACAUUUGGCUCUAGUCUCAGGAGUCAUAGAAUUCUAUAACCAUGACAUAAUCAUAGAAUCUUCUCCGUCCCAUGCCGCAGACCGAGGAUCCCCUGGUUUUUGCCCUGUACCUGUGAGAUGGCUGAUCUUUCCUUUCCCUUUCAGCACAGUGAGAACAAAUCGGGACCACUUAAUGAUUGUGUUGAAAGCGUACACACCCUUUGGAUUGUGUUGUAGCAGUCAACUCUAAAAUUUUCGACAUCCAAAGAACUGGCAGCUACUUGCAGUGAAAGGAUUGUUGGUGUCGUUAGGAAAACGGACUUGCUUUGAGCAAUCAAGGCCAAAAGGAUAUACAAUGAAGGUCGAUGACCAAAAAAAAGGGUAUCAGCGAUCAAGGCUAAAAGAAUUGGCAAUGAAGGUCGAUGAUCAAAAGGUAUUAUCAGCAAUCACGCACAGCCCUAGAAUACUUACAUGCAAUGCAAAAGAGGAGAAGGUGAAAAGGCACGAACCAGAUGUUCAUGUUGCAGUACGCAUCCCCUACCUUUGAUUACUCCGUGAACCAGGCAACCCUCGACUAAACCCUAGGCUACUACAGAAGGAAGGAAGCAAACCUAGAUUCUCUGGAAACCAGCGGCUACAGCCUGGCUCUGAUAUCAUGUCGUGAACAGUGGUGCAAACUCUAGGAGGAUAUGCAGAGGAAAAAACUCAACUCGUAUUCACAUCAUAGAUGACUGAUAUAAACAAGUACGGGGAAUACAAAACAAGGAAACUACCUAACAACUAGGAAACGAACCCACAAACUAGGAAACGGUCUAACUAAGGACUGAACUCUUAAUGUCACGUUCUUUCCUGCACUAAAUAAGUCUUAGAAUCUAUGAGAAGUGUGGAGAGUUUAAGUUUUAUAUCUGUGUCUAUUUUCUAUUUUUAUUUUACUUUGUCAUCAAAGAGGAAGGUCAUCAAAAAAAAAUUGAGGCACUAAGGAAGAAAAAUGAAAUUGAAUUUGUUGAAUGUUGACAUGAGCGGAAGUGGAUCCAGGCCACUAUAUCCAAUUAAAUGUUUUUUUGUAGAUGAUGAUGCUGUUAUGACAAGAGGACAGAUUUAUUCACCAGAAACAGGAAAUUAUUAUUCAUAUUUAUGUUUAUACAACAUGUUAUCCCUACUUAUAUGCCUAUCAUGAAAAAACAAGAAAAGUUAUUGAUUUCUCCAUUGUUAGAAGGCACGAUGGUAUCACAUAGAGUUAGAAUUAGAUGUUCCUACAGAAAGAUGAACCGAUGACCAAUAUUUCCGAGGUAGAUCUAGGACGACUGGAUGAAUGACGUAUAAAAACCCAUCACGACGGAUAUAUAUGGGAUGUAGUUGUAAGCCUACAUUUUCUCAUUUUCUAUAAUAUUCGUCAGAUGUCAUUCCUAAUGGUUGAUGUGGCAUCCCAUUUCUAUAAGCAACACUACUGAGUACUUAAUUGAAUCUGCAAGAAGACAGACAGUACUGACAAAUGAUGGAAAUAUAAAUGUAUCAAAUACAAGAUGAAAAAGAAACUCAAAAAGAACUUUUGAAGACUCCUACUCAGACACUUUCAAUGAUGUAUAAAAAUGAAGUGUGCUAAAGUCUACCGUAUUGCAGAUUGAUUGACAUUCGUAUGAUGAGUGAUUCCUGUGGACUGAGUUUGAAGUUUUUUUGUGUAUGCAGAUUUUGGCUCUAUUUGCUGGUGCUUUACUGGAAAAACAAAUAGUAGUCAUGUGCCCAAAUUUGGUGAGUUUCCACUUUUGCAAAAAUUUAGAGUCGCGCAAUCAAUUCAUUGUCAGGAGAUUUAAUCGCCUGUUGGCUGUUUGGUUUAUCCUAUUUAAUUAUUACUAAUGCAGGGCAUUCUAUCUGCUACCAUUCUGUCACUUGUGCCAAUGAUUCGACCAUUUGAAUGGCAGAGCUUACUACUCCCAGUAAGUAUAAAAUACUGACAUCCAUGCCCAAUACAAUUUUUUAUCAGGCAGUCUUUCUUGCUGUUAUGAUCCUGUUACUACAUAAAAUAAAAAUUUGUUCCAUUCGAUUCAAAGCAUUUUAAAAAUUUCAGAGUUCCUUAUUUAUUGCAGAACACGAUUUUUAUGAUGGCCUUAUUCGGUGCCGAUUCUUAUUGGACGAACUAAUAGUUCCAGUAAAAUUGAUAUUUUCCUGUUCACUGCUUUAUAAUUUUGUUUAUUGAGGGACGAGAGAGAACUCACCUGGAACCUUGUCCGGUACAAAUCAGUUUAUAACAUUUUUUCAGUAAUUAAGUUGUAUAUCCUGUUCCAAUUAGAUAAAUACCAUCGUUUCAUUUACCUUCACCAUAAUUAUCAGCUGAUAAUUCGCAUAUACGACUAAAGGCUUCAAUCAUUUUUUGUUAAGCGUCCCAUAGAUUUUAAUGUUGCUUAUUCCACUGUUUGUGGUGAUGAUGAGAUGGACACUAAGACAUUCAUUUUCAGAUUAUUUUUGUGAAGCAUCAUGUAGAUUUAAAUGAUGCUCGCUCUCUAUUAUUUGUGGUUAUUGAGAGAUACAUGCAAAGGCAUUCACAUUCAGACCUUCCAAGAUGGCAAGUCUUAGCCAUAUUCUGGUACUUGUGUAUUUCCUGGGGGGAUGCCUUCGUUGCCAACUGAUAAGUUGUAAACCUACUCGAUGCUGUAGGAUCGUUCAGUGGCUAUCAUCGGGGGUAUUCUGUAUCUUUUAUAUACGUAUAAAUGAAAUGUGAUUGUUAACACCAUGUAAACAGGUUGACAUUUCUUAGGUUAGGUUGUGUUUACUGUGGUUGAACCCAGCAACACCAUGUAUCCAACCUUUGUGCAAAAUUUGGUGAAACAAGCUAUGAUGCUCAGGAAUGAACAGUUCACUGCUUGGUCAUAGAUCUCCCGUAUAUUUUUAGCUACUGUUUAGUGUUAAUGAUAUUUUCAUGACUAAUUAAAUGUCUGCCUAAUUUAAAACAUUUCAAUCUGAUGACUCAUUUCCUCAUCUAAGCCUGGGUCAACGUUCUUUACAAUACUUUCUUUUUAAUCUUGUUAUUGCCAUCCCAUACACUGACGAUAUGAUAACUAGACUUCAAACUGCUCUUUGGUGCCUUGUCCUUCUUUUCAGGUUCUACCUAGAAAGAUGUUUGAUUUUCUUGAUGCCCCUGUUCCAUACAUUGUAAGUCUGAAAUUUCUUUCUGCCCAUGUUUCUUCUGUUCAUCCCCCCCGAGUUCUUUUUGCCAAUGUUUUGAUCAUGAAAAAUCCCUUAAUUUUUCUGUGAAUUUUUUUUUACAAGUGGGUGUUAUGUUCUUACUGAUCAUUGAACACUGAUUCCGUCUUGUAGGUUGGCAUACAACAUAAACCAGCAGAUCUGAAGAUCAAAACUUCCAACCUUGUGAGGGUUGACGUUUGCAAGGAUCAGGUUGGAGCAUGGCUUGACAGUCCUUUUUGACUAAAAACCAUUGUUGAUAUGCGCUGAUAUUUUUGGAUAAUGAUUUCUUAUCCAUAACACUCUUUUGUUUCUAAGUGUACCUGAUUAUAAGGCAUCCAACAUUUUUCCCUAUGUAAUAGAUGUUAUGAAAAAUAUUUAUUUAUGCAGAGUAUUACUCUAGCUUAACAUUUAAUUUUAAUGAUUCAGGUGAAAAUGUGUUAUUUGCCCCCACUUCCUCGACACAGGGAACUUGUCUCAGAACUGAGUCCAAUCCACACUAGACUUUCUUGUGAAGAUUUCCUAGCUAAACGACAUCCUGUGUAUAGAUGCAGUGAAGUUCAGGUAUCGUUGUGUUUCCCAGCAUGUAGAAUAUGCUUUCUCUGUUCUAAAAUAGUUCAUCAUACCUGCUGUAAAUAGACGUAAUUCAGAUCUCAAUAAUAAGUUAUAUUCAGUAGGCAUGUAAAGGUAUUCAAUGCUCACCUGCUGUUCUUGAACAGCGGUUGGAUUUGAGACUAGUCAACCUUUGGAUCAUUGUUGCAAAAGUUAGGGCAUUAAUUGGACGUUGGAUAUAUCAAACAAAGGAUCUUCGUCAUCUGUCAAGGGUUUAUGUGGCAUUUUGAGUAUGUCAGUCCUCCAAAGGGUGCUCUCUAGUACCCGGGAAAAUGUCAAAGACUACUUUACUUUAUUAGUUGCCAGUUUCGGCCCAUGGAACAGGGGAAAAAACCUUCAGAUGGCCAAACAUCCACACAGGUGGAAUUCUUCAUGCUCUAUAGUUACUGAUCCAAAAUGCACAGGGUUUAUUAAUGCUUUAUCCUGCGGAAGAUUAUCUCAGUAGGUAUCCUGCGGGAAAAAUGCACAGGAAGUAAAAACAGAAAAUUUCAGCUCAAGUUCAGAAAUAUAAAAGAUAUAAUCGACGUGGCAUUAUUGUAUGCAUUCAAAUGUUCAAGAGUUACGGGAACGGGAGGUGCCCAUCAAUCUGGCCAGCCGAAUUUUAUCAAGAAUUUGCUCAACUUUCUCUUGAAAAAAAUUUGAGAUUUUUUUUAAUCAUUGACACUCAUGUUAGCUGUUGAGACGUUUUAUUAAUGUCUUCUUCUUCUUCUUUCUGUAUCUUUCGUAUUAUAGUUUUUCUUUUCAUUUUACGUUGUUAUCAGUCCUUUAUUUUGUUAAUAUAUUAGUUGUUGAUUUCCACCAUUAAUAAAAAUUCUCAAAAGGCUCCUCUUGAUUUCGAAAAUGUUCUUGAUGAAGAGGCAGACGAAGUUCUGAUAUUUUGGCACAGUUUUCAUUCUUCUGUUUUAUGGUCCAGGCUGAGGCAGCUCACCAAUUUUUAAGCAUAUUGAGGAACUAUCUGGAAUCAUUAUGCUCAAAUUUGCGCUCACACACUAUUACAGAUGUGCAAUCAAGCAAUGAUAGGGUCAGUAAAUGAGCAAAUCUAGAAACCUUUCUGACAGAUGAAUUGGCUUUCAUGUUUAUGCCAUUAUCUCACACAUUAAGAUAUAAUUCUUGUUUUGUUCAGGUCUCACUCCUGCUUAAAGAAAGCUUUAUCGAUUCAUUUCCCAAUAGGGACCGUCCAUUUAUCAAGGUACUUGGGAGAUUUCUCUCGAAUUUGUGUUUUUUAAUAGAAAACCUUUGUCCAGAACCUAUUUUAGCAUCUUGCGUUGCAGAGAAUUUGUAGUUUCCUUCUUUUUCAUGAAAAGUUUCGCGAAAGAUGCAUUGUGUACCACAUGUCAUUUAUUGGAAGGGCGGAGCAAUGGUAGAAUCCCCAGAUAGCUGCCUCCAUGGACAUUCAUUCACAGGGGUGUUUGUAGGAAAGAUUUAAUAUUAGGUAAUCAUCUUCUGAUGUGCACAGUUCAAAUAUGAUAUUGCAGAUAAUAAUCAUAGGAAAAAAUUGUCAUCAACCCGGUAGACUAGUGAGAAAGGAAUAGGAUCCGUCUCCCAUUUAUGUAGAAACAAAAGCGCUUUGGGAAACUUCCGGGUCACAAAUCUCCAAGGUUGAAUUCCAAGAACUGAUGCAUUUGAUUUAAUCUUGUUGGCUAUGGAUCUGAAAAAAGAUUCCGUUGUAUGCUUGCACUUAAGAUUCCAACAUGAUGUCCAGCAGUCAGAAAUCUGUGAUGUUUCCUAUUUUAGUUCGAAGAAAAAGGGAUAUUUAAGUUUGCCCCAAUGAUUCAUAUGAUACAAUAACCCGCUGUGUACUACAUACUUUGGAAAGCUCCAUGGACGAACUCCCAUUUGAACAUGUGGUACACAAUUGAAACCUUGGCCCAUCUUAAGUCUCACAGCAUGCACAAGGAUUCUACCAUUGCUCCGCCGCUCUCCUGGUGCAUGCUGCAGAGAAAUUGGCUUUCUGCUGUCUGACCUGGAGUAGAACAUUAAAGACAACAGACAGAUGAUGCUUCUAAUGCUUAUAUUUUCUCCAGUGAUCGUCCUAAUAUCCCAUACGACAAAGAAACAGCCUCUUGUGGCUUUUUUUGACUGAGCUCUGCUGUUUUCUGACAUGGGAAACCUUCCCACUCGAUUGAAACCUUGGCCCAUCUUAAGUCUCACAGCAUGCACCAGGAGAGCGGCGGUGAUUCUAGAAGCAUUUCAUUGGACCCACCCAUCUUAUGGCCUCUCAUAUUUCAUAUUUCAUAUUUCAUUGGCUAUUUAUGACAUUCAAAUCCUUUCUAUUAAGUCAAUUUAUUUAUUUUAUCGUAUUAGCAUGAAUCGCAGUUAUAGAAGCUGAUCAGACAUCCAAUAAACCUUAAGAAAACAUGUAUCUGGGGGAGCAAUAAUCUUAGGAGCAUCCCAUGAAGCUAUCUAGACUUACUCUUCAAUAAGUCCCCACUCAGCCCUCUAUGUGGAUAUAUGACUAUGCUUUGUCAUAAUGGCCGUAGAAUUAAAUUUAUUAGUUUUUUACUGACAUAAUCAUCUCCACCAGCUCUUUGUAGACACUCAGAUGUUCUCUGUUCUCUCGGAUUCCCGUCUCUUGAUGUACGAGAACGAAAGUCUUUGA